GACUCACUGGGUCCGAUGCGGAGCUCUGCCCCUCCCGCCACCCAGAGCCUGAGACUUACUGGGCACUGCCUGGCAGGCUCCCUGGCCCCGGUGCGCGGCGUCUGGGUCCGCGGAGAUGCGGCGGGAGCAGCGCUGGACUAGGCUCUCUGAGCGGCGCGUGAUGGGCUCCCUGCAGCGCUUCAGCCUGUGUUUCUCCUGGAAAAGAAUCCUGUGCAUCUUUUUCCUGCCAGUUAUCUUAUCAGGUUUUGCUCCUCGAGUGAAAGAUAAAGAGCAUCUUAUAUUUGCAAAUGCACAGCUACAGCCAGCCCAGUACAGCAUGUUUAAUUGGUCUCACCUGACCCCCCUCAAGCUGACGGACAGAUCUGUGGGACUUCAGACUGAAAGCAGAGUUGGAAGUAAGCCGUACUUCACCCUCGGGGGUCACAAGUUCCUGAUUUUCGGGGGCUCCAUCCACUAUUUCCGGGUGCCCAAGGAGUACUGGAGGGACCGCUUGCUGAAGCUGAAGGCCUGUGGCUUCAACACCCUUACCACCUAUGUUCCAUGGAACCUCCAUGAGCCGCAAAGAGGCAAAUUUGACUUCUCUGGAAACCUGGACCUGGAGGCCUUUGUGCUGAUGGCUGCGGAGAUCGGGUUGUGGGUGAUUCUGCGUCCAGGGCCCUACAUCUGCAGUGAGAUGGACCUCGGGGGCUUGCCCAGCUGGUUGCUGCAAGACCCUAAGAUGAUAUUAAGAACAACCUACAAGGGCUUUGUUGAAGCAGUUAAUAAGUAUUUUGACCACCUCAUUUCCAGAGUUGUUCCUCUCCAGUAUCGCAAGAGAGGCCCCAUCAUUGCAGUGCAGGUGGAGAAUGAAUAUGGUUCAUUUGCCGAGGAUAAAGAUUACAUGCCUUAUAUUCAGAAGUUUUCCCAACAGGCCCUGCUGGAAAGAGGCAUUGUGGAACUGCUCAUGACCUCGGAUGAUGCAAAACACAUGCUAAAAGGCUACAUAGAAGGAGUUCUGGCCACCAUCAAUAUGAACACAUUUCAGAUAAAUGAUUUCAAGCAGCUUUCCCAGGUGCAGAGGAAUAAACCCAUUAUGGUCAUGGAAUUCUGGGUUGGCUGGUUUGACACAUGGGGAGGUAAACAUAUGAUUAAAAAUGCUGAAGAUGUUGAGGAUACUGUGUCCAAAUUUAUCACAUCUGAAAUCUCCUUCAAUGUAUAUAUGUUCCAUGGUGGAACCAACUUCGGUUUCAUGAAUGGGGCCACAUAUUUUGGGAAACACAGAGGUGUUGUCACUAGUUAUGACUAUGAUGCUGUGCUGACAGAGGCUGGGGAUUACACAGAAAAAUAUUUCAAGCUUCGAAAACUCUUUGGAUCUGUUGUAGCAGUGCAUCUGCCCCCUUUACCCAAGCUCUCUCCCAAGGCUGAGUAUCCCGCUGUGAAACCAUCCCUUUAUUUGCCACUGUGGGAUGUUCUACAGUACUUAAAUAAGCCUGUUAUAUCUCAUACACCAGUCAACAUGGAGAGCCUCCCUAUAAACAAUGGGAAUGGCCAGUCCUAUGGAUUAGUGCUUUAUGAGACUUUUAUCUGCUGUGGAGGUUCUCUCCAUGCUAAUGUUCAAGAUACAGCACAGGUAGGGGUCAGCAGGCUGUCUAUGGAGGUGUUUUUGAAUGAGAAAAAUAUAGGACUUCUGGGUGAUGGUAUUAAGAAGUUGAACAUUCCUAAAAUCAGGGAAUGUCAACUUCUAAGAAUCCUGGUGGAGAAUCAAGGACGAGUCAAUUUUUCAUGGAAAAUUCAAGAUCAGCGGAAAGGAUUAACUGGAUCUGUCACUAUUGAUAACAUUCCCUUGAACGGUUUUAUUAUCUACUCUCUGGAGAUGACCAUGAGCUUCUUUGAAAGGCUCCGCUCUGCCACCUGGAAGCCUGUCCGAAAAAACUAUUCAGGCCCUGCCUUCUACCUUGGUACCUUGAAGGCUGGCUCUUCACCCAAGGACACUUUCCUGAGACUACUUAACUGGAAUUAUGGGUUUGUGUUCAUCAAUGGACGUAACCUUGGGCGAUAUUCAAUUAUUGGACCUCAGGAAACACUUUACCUCCCUGGUACCUGGCUUCAUCCAAGAGACAAUGAGAUUAUCCUGUUUGAGAAAAGGAAGAGUGGUUCAUACAUCCAAACUAUAGAUGAACCCAAGCUGUAAUACUGUGUUAUGACACAUUUCUUAGAUUGUUGGAAUUCAUCUACAAGCAGUUUUUUUGUAGGAAGAUUUAUGUUGAGAAAAUCAGUGUUGCCUACAAUAGCAGAAAUGUAAAAAGAACCUAAAAACUCAACAGGGAAAUUGUUAUAAGUAUUAUACUAUAUCCAUGCCAUGCCUAUUUUAGGCUUUAACAAGUCUUCAACAUCUUCAAUGACUGAUUUACCCAGUUAGAUGCCUAAUCCUUAGCAUAUUCUUAUUCUCUAAUCAAGUGUGCUUUUAGGUAUAUAUUAAUAAAAUAGCACCAAAUUUUA